CAGGAAGGAGCAGGAGUACCCACCCGGGACGCCAUUGACGCCUCCGAGCCAGAGGAGGCGAGGAACACAUGCUCUCUUUCCUCCCCGCUGAAGAGUAGCUGCCAAGACCACCACGGAAGCGGAGGCGCACCACCCAGGCGGGCCAUUCUCGCCGAGCCCCUCCCCCUCCCCCUCCCCCGGCCGCCGCGCCCUCGCCUCCGGGGAUCGCGGGAUUGGGCGGCCAUGGACACCUCUACUAGGGCGGCCAAGAUCCCCUCCCUCCCCCAACAGACGGAGAUCAACUGGGACAACCUCGACAUGACCAAGCUCUAUGUGGUUGGGGCCGGCAUGUUCAGCUGCGUGACCGUGGCGCUCUACCCGGUCUCUGUGAUCAAGACCCGGAUGCAGGUUGCCUCGGGGGAGGCCAUGAGGAGGAACGCCCUGGCCACCUUUAAGAACAUCCUCAAGGUGGAUGGGGUGCCUGGGCUCUACCGAGGGUUUGGGACCGUCAUCACUGGGGCUAUCCCGGCUAGGAUUAUCUUCCUCACGGCGCUCGAGAAGACAAAGGCGACUUCGCUCAAGCUUGUCGAGCCUCUUCAGCUGUCAGAGUCGAUGGAGGCUGCCCUUGCUAAUGGCCUUGGUGGUUUGACGGCGUCUCUGUGUUCGCAGGCCGUGUUUGUGCCCAUUGAUGUGGUUAGUCAGAAAUUGAUGGUUCAAGGAUAUUCUGGUCAUGUUAGAUAUAAGGGUGGAAUCGAUGUUGUUCAAAAGAUUAUGAAAGCUGAUGGGCCACGGGGAUUGUACAGAGGAUUUGGCCUAUCUGUUAUGACGUAUGCACCAUCUAGCGCUGUGUGGUGGGCAAGCUAUGGAUUCAGCCAGCGUGUAAUUUGGAGUGCUCUUGGCCGUUUGGAUGAUAAAGAAGAUACUCCUAGUCAGUUGAAAAUAGUCGGUGUUCAAGCAACAGGGGGAAUGGUUGCUGGGGCAGUGACCUCUUGUGUUUCAACUCCUCUAGAUACAAUCAAAACCAGGCUGCAGGUUAAUAUCAACAAGCCAAAAGCCAGUGAAGUAGUUAGAAGAUUGAUCGCUGAAGAUGGAUGGAAAGGUUUCUACAGAGGGUUAGGCCCAAGGUUUUUCAGCUCAUCUGCUUGGGGUACAUCAAUGAUCGUAUGCUACGAAUACCUAAAGCGUGUAUGUGCUAAAGUUGAAGAGGCCUGAGUCGCCCGACAUCUCCUUAUGUGGUUCCUGCAAAAAACGCUGGAAGUUUUGUUGGUAGCCUAAAAGCAACAAUACUACAAGAAGGCAUCGGUGACACCCACCUGAAGCUCUGUUUCUCGCUGACUUGAUAGCUAGACAGUGGUUCUUACAAACUUUGGUGCCCCUGGAGGGUAUUUUUUUUGGCGGAAUAUUUGAGGCUCGUAUUAGCUGCUGCCUCUAGUGACAGCUAUGGGUUAGGCAGAAUGCUCAUAUAAACCAAGAGAUCAGAUGUAUUCGAUUUCUAUUCUUUUGAACUCCAAGGCUUUGUUAUGGUGAGUCUGGUCGAUUGGGGCCAGUUGUAAUGACACGUGAGGGGCAAGCUUCGCAUUUGCUCGUUUUUCUCUGCUGAAAUUUGUUUUUCCUUGUCGA